GGGAAGGGAAGGGAAGGGAAGCCAGCCAGCCCCGAGGAGAGGGUCCCAGCCUGGAUCCCUGGCGAGGAGCCGCCCUUUGCCUCCAGACGGUGAGGAUGCCGCCGCCUCUGCUGCCUUCUUCGCCCGCCCCGAACAAAGAAGACUCUGCAAAGCUGGAAAGGGGAACUCCUGGGAGAAGCAGGUGAGGGACAGAAGUGGAGUGUGGGGAGUGACCUCAGCAGCUGAGACACCUGGAGAGGUUUGGUGAAAGGCAAGAUUGUGAGGAAAGCACAUGGCAGAUGUCAGCUGGAAAUAAGAUUCUCCUGUUUUCAUCUUGAGCUCCAUUAAACGUCAUAACUGUGAAGGACUUCAGUGGACCACAGAAGCUUGCCUGAUCUUCAGCUAAGGACUUUGUGCUAAAGUGAGGCAGAUCCACCACAUGUCGGAUGUCAUCUAUAAACAAGAUUCUUCUGUUUUCAUCCUGUGUUCCAUUAAGCAUCAGAAUUAUAAAGGACUUCAGUGUUCGUGCCUCAACUGCUGAAUUGUGGAAGACUUCUCACUAAAGUGAGGCAGAUCCACCACAUGUCAGAUGUCAUCUGUAAACAAGAUUCUCCCGUUUUCAUCUUGUGUUUUAUUAAGCAUCAUAAUUGUGAAGGACUUCAGUGGGCCACAGAAGCUUGCCUGAACUUCAUCUAAAGACUUUGCACUAAAGUGAGGCGGAUCCAUAUCUUUGCAUUAUAAACUGCAUUCACGGAAGGGGAGAAAAGAAGUCAAUUGUUCUGUAUUUCCUAAGGCUUCACUUUUGGGGAAGGGAGAGGCUAUGUGAGGCACAAGAUUUUGCAAUGGCAGGGAUUUAGAGAAGCAAGAACAUGUGGAAAUUCUGCAUGCAUGUUGACAUCUGUUUUUUGGGAACACUAAUUGCAUAGGGGAACAUGUGGUCCUAUAAGCUGCAGUCAUGGCAUGGUGUGACCUUUUAAGCUAUAUGAGAAGUAUUACUGAGCCUUGGUAUCAAACAUUGCUUUAUCUCUAAAUCGGAUGAACAGCGAUACAUCAUGUGCUAAUCAGGAGAGAGUUGGGAUGGAGAGAUGUAGCUUGUCUUGCAGAGAUGCUGCUGACCAUUGUGUGAAGAGAUGAAGCAUUUGCAGGUUGUAUUUCCCUCUCUGACAGGGCUCUGUACAAUGAAUUCAUUGGCUUGGAUCUAAGGACCUGCUUUAAAAGAAUCUUAAGAUGCCUUGCUGUUUCUGACCUGUCCCAGAAAAGAAAGUCUGCAAAAUGGCUCAGACCAGCUUGCUGCAGGGGAAACCGUUUUAUUGUCGAGAGUGGGUUUUUCACAAGCUUCAACACUGCCUUCAGGAAAAGACUAGCUGCAGCAACAGCAUUGCCAACAAACCAUCCAUUGUGCUGAAUGCCGGGACUAAUACUUGUGUCGUCCCUGGCAAAGGAGCUGCCUGGGGGGUGUUGUUAGUAGGAGGGCCUGGCAGUGGCAAGACAGCCUUUUGUACUGAGUUACUAUGGCCAACCUCACCUGCAAGUCUCCAAAGGGGUUUACAUCACCAAGCCCUGGCCUUUCACUUCUGCAAGGCUCAGGACUCAGACACGCUUUGUGUGGGUGGCUUUAUUAGAGGGUUAGUUACCCAGAUAAGUCACAGUGGGCUCAUCCAAGGAUAUGAAGAUAAACUGAGAGAUCCAGCUGUUCAGUGCCUCUUGCAGCCUGGGGAGUGUGAGAGGAAUCCUGCAGAAGCAUUUAAGAGAUGCAUACUUCUUCCACUUCUUGGAGCAAAGGUUCCCCAGCAAAGUCUCUUCCUCCUCGUAGAUUCAGUAGAUGAAGGUUGUAACAUUGCAGAAAGCGACCAGACAUCUACAAGCUUAUCUGGAACUAUAGCUGAACUUUUAGCUAGUCACUAUGAAUUUUUUCCUCCAUGGUUGCUGCUUCUAUGCUCUGCCCGGAAACAGAGCAAAGCUGUUACAAAAAUGUUUACUGGCUUUCGAAAAAUAAGCCUUGAUGAUCUACGAAAGGCCUAUAUUGUGAAAGAUGUUCAGCAGUAUAUUCUUCAUCGCUUAGAUCAAGAGGAAGCACUGAGGCAACACCUCACAAAAGAAACUGCAGAAAUGUUGAAUCAGCUUCACAUCAAAAGCAGUGGGUGCUUCCUGUACCUUGAACGUGUCCUAGAUGGGGUCGUAGAAAACUUUAUUAUGUUAAGAGAAAUCCGUGAUAUCCCCGGAACACUCAAUGGCCUCUAUCUCUGGCUUUGUCAAAGACUUUUUGUGAGAAAGCAGUUUGCAAAGGUCCAGCCUAUUCUGAAUGUUAUUCUUGCUGCUUGCAGACCACUGACAACCGUUGAAUUGUUCCAUGCAGUAUGGACCAAAAACAUGGCAUUGUCAGUGGAAGAUUUUCAGCGCAAGCUAGAUGUUCUUUCAAAAGUUCUUGUUGAUGGUCUUGGAAAUACAAAGAUCCUUUUUCAUUAUAGUUUUGCUGAAUGGCUGCUGGAUGUAAAACACUGUACACAAAAAUAUCUGUGUAAUGCAGCAGAAGGGCACAGAAUGCUAGCAAUGAGUUACACCUGUCGAGCGAAGGAUUUAUCACCCCUGGAGGCUCAAGAAUUUGCUUUGCAUCUAAUUGAUUCGAAUUUGCAACUGGAGACUGCUGAAUUGGCUUUGUGGAUGAUCUGGAAUGGUACACCUGUCAAAGAUUCUUUGUCAACAUUGAUCCCCAAAGAACAAGAAGUUUUACAGUUGCUAGUCAAAGCUGGUGCUCAUGUCAACAGUGAGGAUGAUCGGACAUCUUGCAUUGUACGGCAGGCUUUAGAAAGAGAAGAUUCCAUUCGAACUCUGUUGGACAAUGGAGCUUCAGUAAACCAAUGUGAUUCGAAUGGAAGAACACUGUUGGCUAAUGCUGCAUAUAGUGGCAAUCUUGAUGUAGUCAAUUUGCUUGUUUCUAGGGGUGCAGAUUUAGAAAUCGAAGAUACACAUGGGCAGACAGCACUUACUUUAGCUGCCCGGCAGGGACACACCAAAGUUGUCAAUUGUUUAAUUGGUUGUGGUGCUAAUAUAAAUCAUACUGACCAUGAUGGGUGGACAGCACUGCGAUCUGCAGCUUGGGGUGGGCAUACAGAAGUGGUUUCAGCACUUCUUUAUGCUGGAGUAAAAGUGGACUGUGCAGAUGCUGAUAGUCGAACAGCCUUGAGAGCAGCAGCCUGGGGAGGACAUGAAGAUAUUGUGCUGAAUCUUUUGCAACAUGGGGCUGAGGUUAACAAAGCUGAUAAUGAAGGUAGAACUGCUUUAAUUGCAGCAGCAUACAUGGGACAUAAAGAGAUUGUGGAACAUCUGCUGGAUCAUGGUGCUGAGGUAAACCAUGAGGAUGUAGAUGGAAGGACUGCUCUCUCUGUUGCUGCCCUUUGUGUACCUGCUAGUAAAGGACAUGCUUCAGUUGUGAGCCUGUUAAUUGAUCGGGGUGCUGAGGUCGAUCAUUGUGACAAAGAUGGCAUGACUCCACUUCUGGUGGCAGCCUAUGAAGGACAUGUAGAUGUUGUUGACCUGCUUCUGGAAGGUGGAGCAGAUGUGGAUCAUACUGACAACAAUGGCCGCACUCCUCUUCUUGCUGCAGCUUCAAUGGGCCAUGCUUCAGUUGUAAAUACUCUCUUGUUUUGGGGGGCAGCUGUGGAUAGCAUUGACAGUGAAGGACGAACAGUUCUUAGCAUUGCCUCUGCCCAAGGCAAUGUUGAAGUUGUAAGGACUCUGCUGGAUAGAGGGCUAGAUGAAAAUCAUAGAGAUGAUGCAGGAUGGACUCCUUUGCACAUGGCAGCUUUUGAAGGACAUAGGUUAAUAUGUGAAGCACUUAUAGAACAAGGUGCUCGAACAAAUGAAAUUGACAAUGAUGGACGCAUAGCCUUCAUUUUGGCUGCUCAGGAGGGUCACUAUGAUUGUGUGCAGACUUUACUGGAAAAUAAAUCUAACAUUGAUCACAGAGGUUAUGAUGGGAGAAAUGCCCUCCGUGUUGCUGCAUUAGAGGGCCAUAGAGAUAUUGUUGAACUCCUCUUUAGCCAUGGAGCUGAUGUGAACUACAAAGAUGCUGAUGGCCGUCCAACACUUUACAUUUUGGCUUUAGAGAACCAGUUAACAAUGGCUGAGUAUUUUUUAGAAAAUGGUGCAAAUGUAGAAGCAAAUGAUGCUGAAGGAAGGACAGCACUCCAUGUUUCCUGCUGGCAAGGACAUGUGGAAAUGGUACAGAUGCUGAUAACGUGCCAUGCUGAUGUUAAUGCAGCAGACAAUGAGAAACGAUCAGCUUUGCAGUCUGCUGCAUGGCAAGGCCAUGUCAAAGUAGUUCAGCUUUUGAUUGAGCAUGGGGCUCUUGUUGAUCAUACAUGUAAUCAAGGUGCUACUGCACUCUGUAUUGCAGCCCAAGAAGGGCAUAUUGAUGUUGUGCAGAUUUUACUGGAACAUGGUGCUGAUCCAAAUCAUGCGGAUCAAUUUGGACGCACAGCUAUGCGUGUUGCUGCAAAAAACGGCCACACACAAAUAAUCAAAUUACUGGAAAAAUAUGGUGCUUCUAGUCUAAAUGGCUGCACUCCUUCUCCAGUGCAUACAAUGGAGCAAAAACCUUUGCAAUCAGUAUCCUCAAAAAUGCAGUCUUUAACCAUAAAAUCAAACAGUUCAGGAAGCACUGGUGGGGGUGAUAUGCAGCCUGCUUUGCGUGGCUUGUCUAAUGGGCCAGCUCAUGCCUUUAGUUCUCCUUCUGAGUCUCCUGAUUCUACAGUUGAUAGGCAGAAGUCCUCCUUAUCCAACAAUUCUUUGAAAAGCUCAAAGAACUCAUCACUUCGCACAACAUCUUCUACAGCAACUGCCCAGACAGUGCCUAUUGAUAGUUUUCACAGUAUGUCCUUUACAGAGCAAAUACAACAGCAUUCAUUGCCCCGUAGUAGAAGUAGACAGUCCAUUGUUUCUCCUUCUUCCACAACUCAUUCCUUAAGUCAAAAUCACAGUUCACCAAACAGUGAGUUUGAAUGGAGCCAAGUGAAACCUAGCUUGAAGUCAACAAAAGCAAGCAAAACAGGGAAAACUGAGAAUUUCAACAAAUCUGGGUCGGCGGGCAAAAAAACGAAACAAAGUGUCUCUUCUCAACCAAAAGUUCUAGAAUAUGAAAUGACUCAAUUUGAUAAAAGGAUACCUGUUGCCAAAUGUGGGGCAAGCAUGCCCCUUCAGUCGAUGGCUCCUGACACUCAAUGUAAAAUUGUGGUACCUCCAACCCAGCAAGAAGUUUGCAGAUCUCAACAGCAAUUUUUGAUCCACCAACAAAGUGGAGAACAGAAAAAGAGAAAUGGAAUAAUGACAAAUCCAAACUACCAUCUUCAAAGCAAUCAGGUUUUUCUUGGUAGAGUUUCAGUCCCACGAACAGUACAAGAAAGAGGGCAUCAGGAGGUUUUGGAAGGCUAUCCUUCUGCAGAGACAGAGUUAAGCCUUAAACAAGCCUUAAAACUUCAAAUUGAGGGAAAUGAUCCAAGCUUUAAUUAUAAGAAGGAAACACCAUUGUAAAGAGGCAGCUCACAGCACCAUAAUUAAAAAAGAAGACCUUCUGCUUAGAAUGAUUUAUCAGCUGGGCUGGGAUAAAAGCAUGUCUUGCUUCUGGAACCACACUGAAAAUUACGAAUGUUAUCACUGCAGUACCGUUAUCUCGAUUACUGUAAUGUGCCUAAAAGUGUUAAGGCUGCCUUCUUAAUUUAACCUUCUAUGCUUCACAAAUUGUAUUUUCUGUAUUUUAUACUUCAUACACAGAAUAAGCACUUUCUCUCUUCCUUAGCAGCAGAACAAGAUAAUGCUGUAUCUUCAUCACACAGCUGAAAAAUUGUAAGAGCUAGAAACUGAAGUUUCCUUUUCAGAAAGGCUCAUUGUAAAUGUGCCACAGUGGACUUUGUAUCAAAAGGCAAUGCCUUCUGUAUUUAUUUUAUGUUAAAGAAACUGCAUACAGCCAAAAAGACAAGGAGUGUCCUGUGCCAUCCUGAAGACUAUAGUAGCCCCUUCCACAUUGACCCUCUGAUUUCUCAAUACCCUUGUACUGUCAGUUAAAUGCAACCUUUCAUCUUUGUGCUUACACCAGCUAUGUUGCAGCAUAAUUUUAGAUUUUGAAAUGCCAUAGGACUUUCUGUCUUUUUUGCUCUCACAUUCACAUAUUCCAAUUCCCUGGAAGGCCUCAACAUAUGCCCCAAAAGUGUGUAGAAAAUAAUGUGUAAAUUGGCAUAUCUGUACACAGAAGCCAUUUACACUCAGUUUGGUUGCGUCAAAGCCACUUCUGUAGUCCCAGCCAUCAUCUCCUGGGUCACUGCAGUUCUAGACAUGGAUGCACAUGACAUUCCUCAUAUAGUUGUGGUCACAGAAAAGAGUCAUUCUCAACCUUUGAACUGAUCUUAAGACAAAGCUGUUCUGUAUAUCUUAAAUAAGAGUUGCAUCACUGCAAUGUAUUUCUGUGUAGCUGAAAUGUUUCUCACAAAAAAGGAUAAGGAUACUACUGUACCAAUGUUGGCUACACUGCAGUACUUGCAUCUGCUCUUGUCAGUAGUGAGGAAAUGCUGUGGUACAGUUUACAGUAUCAAAAGUUGUUCAUGUUGUCCAGUUCAAAAGUCUGUUCAUGAAAUAACAAAUCUUGGGUCUCCAGAUCAGUUUUUAUGUUGCCACAAGGUAUUACUGCAUUCAAGUUGCUACUUUUUCUAAAGUCUAAUGGAGGUAAACAGUACAGUUAUCAGUAGUUCUAACUCCCAACAUUCAAUAGCCAGCCAUUUUGCUUUCCUUCAGGCUUACCUAUGAAAGAGUGAUAACUUGAUAAUAGAACACACCUUUUGCAUAAAAGCUCAUGUUCAGUUAUUUGUAGCUGAGAGAGGCUCUGCUAACCACAAGGUUUCUCGCACAGGUUGGGGUGGGUGGACAUAAGACUGAUUUUGUGUAAGGCAGCUUCAUAUGCUUAAAUAUAAAUUCAGAAGACAUUAAGAAGAGAGCCUUCAUGUAGUAGUUCACUCCUUCUGGUAGCAGUUGCCCCUCUUUGCUGCAUGCGCCAAACAUUGUUAUAUCUCUUUUCAGAUGAUUAGUUUACCACCUGCUAAUGUUAUCUUUGUAUCACAUGUCAUUUAUAAAUCCUGAGCUACUCAUGGUCUCAACAAUUAGUCAAAUGUCACAGUCCAAACCAUAAUCCAUCUAAAAAUAACAUUGUACAGCUGUAGGUUACUAACUCCCCCCACUGUAAAACUCUUGGUCCAUUAUUUUUCAAAUAAUUUCUUAAAAUAUGGCUGGAGUUCAGUAGUUGCUAUAUAGAGGAGAAAAUUGUCCCAGGAUGCCUUUCAGAGCAGCAUUCAUCUAUCUAUGCAAAAGUCCUGUCUCAAAUAUUUUGUGACAGUUUUGUGUUGCUAAGAAACAAACCCCAAGAUAAACAGAAGAUUGAAUUCUUAGAGAGAAGAACCCUUUCAUUGCAGCAAGAUAGUUGACACAUGCCACUGUAAGAAAUGGCAGGAAUUAAUUAUAAUUAAUGGGACUCUUUCCAUAAUGUGCAAACCUGCUGUCCAAGCCUGUGUAGAUGACUGACAAGGGAUGGGGUAUAGCAAAAGUCAUGAAACAUGAUUCCUUGUAUACUGAACACAAAACCAUGCCCCAGCUGCAACAUUAAAAAUGACCUCUGUAUGCACUCCACCCAUCAUAUCAAUUAGUAUUGCUGGUUACUGAUAAUUUGGGACUGAAUUAUUUCUUGGGCAUCUUACAAAAUAAAUCCUUUGUUUAAAAAUAUUGAAAGGAUGUCAAAAUAUUGUUUCCAGCUUAGUUCAAACCUCCAAGUAUUGGUGUUUGUAAUACUACACAAGAAUAAGGCUUUUCUUAUUAGAUGUAUGUUUUGAAUUGUAGAAAGACAUCUAUAAAGAGGUUGCCUUCUGUUUGGGUCUUGGCUGUUGCUGAAAUUGUAUUUAUUUAAAUGUAUUGUUUAAUUGCAGUAUGUCACUUGUAACUCAUUGAUGACCUUUCUGGCCAUUUUCACAAGGAGACUGUGCAUUGCAGCAGCUUUUGUGAGUUUCAGCAGAAUAAUUUCCAUAUCUGAAGAAGGUGGUAGUGUAUCCAUUUGGACAGAAAUCAGCUAAACAUCAGUGACAAGAGUGGUACCUUUCAGAUAAUUGAAAUGAAAGUUCCUACACAUCUAUGAAAUGGUUUAGAAAAACAAUAUAUAUAUUUUCUGUGAAGAAGUAUCCAUUUGACAUAGUUCUGCAUUGCUUUAAUGUACAAUUUCAAUAUGUAGGUCCAUAUGGUAUCUCAAUAAAAAAGAUAAUAAUGAAUUGAAAUCUUGACAAUUCCAAAAGAGAGGGAGCUCUGAAACUGAAUUGUUGUGAUUCACUUUUGUUAAAUCCUUUUAUUUGACAGAGUUGAUCAACCAUAAUUUAGCAUUUUCAAAAACACUCUAUUUCUCUUCCUCAUUCCACAAAUCUCUCUAUUUUUGUUUAUAUUUUCAGCUUUCUUUCCCAUAUAUUGUCUGAAAGCCAUCACUGCAAGAAGGUAGGGAAAGUGUCACAAUUCAUGACUGGGAGACUAGGGAAAGUACUAGUGGACUUUAAUAUCUAUGCUACACAUGUGCCAAGGAAGCCAUCUUUAAAGAGAAAUGGUAAAUUGAUGAACGGCUAACAUGUUAAAGUAGAGCAGUGUUCCUUAGCCCUUUGUAAAGACUGGUAAUCGAAAAUGUUUUUGCUUUUUAUUAAAGCAUUUUCUCUUGCCAGCUAUGCUGCUAUGCAAAUGCCUGUUUAUGCUCAAUAUCCUCCACUGAAACUCUUCAGAUAACGUGGUGCACAGAGGAGACUUUUUUCCUGGACUGGGUUGUAAAUAGCCUAUAAUGUACAUUGAAUUUCACAUUGUAAAAUUUUUAUUUUAUUUCUUGUAUUAUAUUAAGCAAAAAUCCUUAUGUAUAUGAAAGUGCAUAAUAAAUAUAUUUGCUUUUCAGCAGA